AUGAAUGAUCCAGCACAACAAAUGCUGAGGACCGGGAUGGAUGAGGGUCUUUUGAAUGACCUUCUUGAGUGCUCUGUGUGUCUAGAGCGGCUCGACACUUCCUCCCGAGUUCUGCCGUGCCAGCAUACUUUUUGUUUGAAAUGUCUCAAGGUCAUCGUAGAAUCACACAAAGAACUACGAUGUCCCGAAUGCCGGGUCCUGGUGGAGACGAAGGUGGAGGAGUUGCCUCCAAAUGUCCUCCUCAUGAGGAUACUCGAGGGUAUGAAGAACUCUGCUCCGAGGAAAAUAAGUGGCCAGCGAAUUAGAAGUGGACAUUCUCAGAUACAGCAACUUCAACAAUCAUCGCGAUCGGAGAACAAACAGCCACCGCCACACGCUCGAGCCAUGUAUGACUUUAUAUCUAAGGAACCAGGUGAUCUAUCCUUCAAAAAGGGUGAAACUAUCAUCCUACAAAAGAAGCUUGAUCCAUUCUGGUUUCAAGGAGAAAUAUCCGGCAGGACCGGCAUGUUUCCUAUUACUUUUGUUCAGGUGGUGGUACCGUUGCCGAUGUGUACUGCGUUGUGUAAAGCGCUUUAUGAUUUUCGAAUGUCAGCACCCGAUGAGGAAGGGUGUUUGGCUUUUGACAAAGGUGCAAUUAUAUCAGUGCAUCGUCGAGUUGAUGAGAACUGGGCGGAAGGGCGUUUAGAGCAACGCGUCGGAAUCUUCCCUAUCGCCUUCGUGGAACUCAAUCAAGCGGCACGGCAACUUAUGAACAGCGAACAUUUCAGUACGCCUAUAAACCGCCCCGUCCCGCCCAUACCGGAGCACGCCCGCGCGCACGCCGACCAUCGCCAUCACACGCCACAGCAUCAGCACAGAUAUCAGCAAAUGUCAAUAUCGACUCCCAAUUCCGGUCAAGGAAACUAUCAAAACAUGGCAACAAUGAGUCAAUCUCAACCAAACUACCACGCUAACCACGCGCAAACCAUCACACAACCACAGAUUCUGGUUCCGCAACCAGUGAGCCAACAUGUAACAGUUAACCAGAGUGUGGUUACGGGGACCAGAAACAUAAUGGAACCGACAACCAAACAUUUAGAUCUGAUCCACUUUACCAAUCUACACAACAAAAACCAUCAAACAAUGGGAAUUCAAAGCGUGUCUCGUAUAGGAGAGAACUAUGAUAGAUUGCGAGGCGCCAAAUUCGACAAUUACAAUUCAACCCCAAUACAGAAAGUGGAAACGAAUUACCAAAAUGUUAGGGCGGUUAAUUUUACAAAUAACAGUUCGGAUUCCAGUUCAAGUGUAAACACGCCCUCUGGUAAUGCUGGAAGUUCAACAACUACACCUAACACAAGUUCUAAUACAAGUACGUGUGAAAGUGCCGAGCCAAGCUUACCGAGCUCCCCGGAUAAUGUGAACAUUGAACGUUCAACAAAUGUAAGCGUCCAAGAGGAAGAGAAUCAAGAAUCUCUUAAUGCUUCAGGCGCUUUAAGCUUAAAUGAAAGUUCUACAGCAACAAAUACGUCUCUAAAUGUUAGUCUCCCACCGUCUGAGAGUCCAAAAAAUCAGAAUCAAAACCAAAAUCAAAAUGAUAACCAAGAAGCAACAGAACGCUUGGAUGUGCCAUCUUCAUCUAAAUAUUCAAUGAGUGGACCAAAUUCCCUAUUAAACUUUGGUUUAGGAUUGCAAGCUGAACUGUCUCCUUCGCACAAAGAUGGCAACUAUAUGCUCGCCCGAGGCCAUAGAGAACAUAGAGACCAUAGAGAGAGGGAAAAGCGGCAUAGCUUGACUCCCUCGUCCCAUAUGCAAGGCAAUCAUACACAAAAUAGGCAUUCAGCAGAAAUCCUCGCAACAAGUCUCCUCGACCAUUCGACGGAGAGAGAGAGGGAGAGACCGGAGAGGGACAGAGAGAGGCGAAGGAGAAGAUCUGGCAGCAACGAGAAACCUUUACCUUCAGCGUACAUAGCUUUAUAUCCCUACAAACCACAGAAACCUGAUGAGUUGGAGUUGAAGAAAGGAGGCGUGUACACGGUGACGGAGCGCUGCCGCGACGGCUGGUACAAGGGCUGCUGCGAGCGCGCGCGCUGCGGCGUCUUCCCCGGCAACUACGUGGCGCCGCUCGCGCCCCUCGCGCCGCUCGCGCACAGGGUGAAGCACGAAAAGCAGAAUACACCAAGUUCGACCGCAGUGAAACCUACAGUGAACCCGCCGGUCGCCAACUCCAGCGCGCUGGCGCCGCCCGACGCGCCGCCCAGAGCCACUAGUCCUGUUAUCACAUCUGGUCAACCUUUAACAUAUCCAUGGAGCUCAAUACAACCGCAACAAACCACGCCGCGGUCCGAAAAGCCAAAAGAAAAGUCAAAAUCGGACAAAUCAUCAAUAUCGACGGGGGUUUCCCUUAUGAAGCGUCUGGCUGCCAUGAAGAAGUGUAAGUCGCCGCCGCCGGCCGGCUACAGUAUGGACAAUCCUGUGUUCGAGGAUGGACCUGGAACUUCCCUAAUGAUGCCUUCACCCCACCCUGUUCAUGUGCGUAGGGGAUCGGGGGAAGUAGAGUGGGCGGGACACCGUAAGUCUGCCUCGUUGGAUGUCACUGCACGGAGAGACAGACAUCAUUCGCAACCUGUUAAAGAAAAAUUCCGUUGCAUAGUCCCCUACCCACCAAACUCAGAAUACGAGUUAGAAUUAAAAGUGGACGAUAUUGUAAUUGUGUGUAAGAAACGUGGCGAUGGCUGGUAUAAAGGCACCCUCCAGCGUACGGGACGUACCGGGCUAUUCCCCGCUUCCUUCGUACAAAGUUGCCCGCCUGAU